GGCGUAGAAGUGUGUUGAGUGACGCGUUUUCUCUCUGUAAUCUAGAUUUUUUGCGGAGUCAAGAUAUUUGAAAAACCACCAUGCCAGUUCCAGCACUUCAGAAACGAGCUCCUUCUUUCCAAGGCACUGCAGUUGUCAAUGGAGAAUUUAAAGAUAUUUCUCUUUCCGAUUAUAAAGGAAAAUAUCUUGUCCUUUUCUUUUAUCCUUUAGAUUUCACAUUUGUUUGUCCAACUGAAAUCAUUGCUUUUUCUGAUCGGGCUAAUGAAUUUGAAAAAAUUGGGUGCAAACUCAUUGCAGCAUCAACUGAUUCUCACUUCAGUCACCUAGCAUGGGUAAAUACACCACGUAAACAGGGUGGUCUUGGUGAAAUGAACAUUCCUCUUCUUGCUGAUAAAAGUGCCAAAAUCGCACGUGAUUAUGGUGUACUUGAUGAGGAAUCUGGUAUUCCAUUCCGUGGUCUUUUUAUCAUAGACGAUAAACAAAAUUUACGUCAGGUUACUAUCAAUGAUCUACCAGUUGGAAGAUCUGUUGACGAAACUUUGCGCUUGGUCCAAGCAUUCCAGUACACUGAUAAACAUGGAGAAGUAUGUCCUGCUGGCUGGAAACCAGGAAAGAAAACUAUGAAACCUGAUGUUGUUGGCUCAAAGGAAUAUUUCAAGGAUACGUGAAUGAAAUAAAGUGGUUGACCUACAUUUUUAACUUACGUUUGCUUAUUUAGUUCGUUUAUUAUUAAAAUACAACAGUAAUUCCAUACUUAAUUAGACAUUAUAACUACAAUAUUGAAAUAAAUUUUAAUUUAAUUAUUAA